AUGUUAGUGGUUGCGAUCGAUAAUAACUACACUCGUUUACUGCUUCUGGAGCACAAUGCACAAGUUUACGGUGUAUCCCACAACAUCCUACCUGUCUGUGGGGAUGCGGUAUCGAUCAUUGGUUCGUUGCGUUCCUCAAACGUCCCAGUAUCUGACCCAUCCAGCUCUGCACAACCUUCAGCAGCAGGAUCCGCAUCGAACGAGGACUGUUUUCCUGAGGCAGCAUUGGAUGUGGUCCGAGUCGCACAACCUCAAGGCUUCUCACCAACAGUUGUCGACGUUAUCUUCUUAUCUCCACCUUGGGGUGGACCUGGUUACUCCGGCGUUGUUCUCCCUCCGGGUUCCAGCAGUUGGAACAAGCGAAAGCGUCGGCACUGGUUCCAGUCGUCUGGAGACGCAGUGGAGCCAACAAAAAACCUGGAGGAUAUACCGUUACUGCUCCCUGCCCUCAGGUCAGCCUCUCACAUUUGCCAUCGGAUAUUGGUGUACUUGCCACGGAGCUGUUCGAUCGGGCAAAUGCUUCGGUUGUCUUGGCCUUCGGACGAAUGCGACUGUCGUAUGUGCGGCCAGUACAGAGCUGUGUCGCUGGAGGAGUACUUGGUUCGAGGACGGAGAGUAGCAUUGGGUCUGCAUAUUGGAAUGGUGCUGGAAUAA